UGAUUAAUUGAAUUCUUAUUUGAUAUCGAUUGUUGUUAAUAACAGUGAUCAACUUGUAUUAUUGACAUUAAUCAUAGUCAUUCUUUAUUAUUUAUUUUAAUUUUAUUUCCAAAAAUAAAGAUUAUCUUUAUCUUUGUUUUAUAAAAAUAAAGAUUUUCUUUAUCUUUAUUUUAUAAGUAUAAAGAUUUACUUUAUCUUUAUUUUUAAAGUAAGAAUAAUCUUUAUUCUUUAUAAAAUAAAGAUAAAGAUUGUCUUUACUUUAUUCUUUAUUAUAACGAAACAUAAAAAUAUGAUAACACCCCUAGUAUCGAUUAUCCAUGAUGAUCACGUCGAUUCAUCCAAAAAAGCUUUUUAUUUAUAUACCAUUAUUUAAUACGCCUCAUUGAUCUUUUGGAUCCACUAGGCACCGCUUUUUCCCCCUUGAUGUAAGCAAUAAUUAUUAUAUUUCUUUGUUCGAAUAUCAUAAACUCUGCGGCAGCUACCAUUUCAGUAGAGAGUCAGCGACGUUUGUGUCGCGUUACCUUGUUACAUUCUCUUGCAUCAAUGCCAACAGGAACUUUUCUUUUCGAUUUUGUCAGGCAUUACAACGAAAUAGAAUGAUGACAAUAUACUGCUUUUAAGUCCUACAUAAGCUAUCAAAUUACCCUAUAGACAUUUGUACAGCUACUUUUUGCACUCGUCUACCAAUCAACAUACGAUUGAAAAUCUUGCUUCUUUUUUUUUCAAAAGACGAAGAUUCUGUCGGUCAACUACCAAUCUUUAUUUGAUAUGAGAAGCGUUCGAUGUUGAUAAGCUUCGAGUGAUAUUUUCAGUGGUCGAUUAUUAUUUUGCAUAGAAUUAUAAUGUAAAAAAAGCAAGUCACAAACAUUUGAUAAAGUCCCUAGCAGUUUUGGUAUUUGUGUACCCACGCUUGGCUCUAUUGUUUCUCAUUUAUAGAUAGAGAUACAAAGGGAUUUAUUCGAAUGCUUUGCAUGACAUUAUACUAUACAUUGAGCCUAUUUAAUGGGUAACAUUAAUAUUUCUUUGUAUAAAGGGUAUUGUGUUGGCAAUGGUUUUUUCUUUUAAUUUUCUUUUUAUGUUUCUGAUAUUAAAAGGAGAACCCUAGUCUAAGCUUUCAUCAAUCAAUAUUUUGACUGAAUUUCUUUAAAGAGAAACCUGUAUUCUUUAUUUUCAUUUAUUUUAAAAAACACAAGAAUGAUACUUUUACCUAGUUUAGCAUUAAAAUUGAUCACGCCAAAAGUGAAAAUAAUCUGGCGAUGAAAAAUAAACACCAAUCCUGUUUUUAAAUUCUUCUACUUUAAUUUUCCAUUGUUGUUCCGCUUAAUUUAAUAAGAUUAUAGCAAAGAACUCAAUAUUAUAUAACAAGUCAGUAUUGAUUUUUUCUUCAUCCCCAGGUUGUUUUCAUUACAUUAAGUAUUUAAAAUAUAUCAAAAUGCUGGUUAUUUGAUUUUUUUGAACACCUUUCUAAUAUUUUUAUGGAAAAAGCGCUUUCGCAUGGAUUAUGCAAAAUGAUUGGGAUUUAUUAUGAAUCAUAGCGUAUACAUUGUCUCCCUUUGCAUAUUGCCAGAAUACUAAGAAGAUUAAAAUGCGACCACUAUUCAACAGACAAACAUUCCCUUUCAGAUGAUCUAUUUCAAGUCGAAAAUUUUCAUUAUUGGACUUUUGUGCCAUAUUUUACAACUUAAAUCUAAUGGUUUGAUAGCGACAAAUGUUGGACUUCAAACACAGAAAGGAAUAAUAUACGGACGGCAAACUCAAUCUUCGAUUGAAUAUUUAGGGUAAGAUGAUAAAAAGACAGUAUGAAGCAGGGGGACAUCUAUACUUUAGUCGGGUAAUCAAAUGUUAAUCCAGUGAAUUUAGAACCUAAUAGAAAUCCUGAAAUAAAUAUGCAUGUUUUUCACCCUCACUCUCACCCUAUAAUUCUGAAAAGUAAUCAACAUCUUUGAAUACUUCAUCAUAUAGAAUUCAAUAUGCAAAAGUCAGCAGAUGGAAACCUCCAAUUGAUCUUGCGUCGGAUACUUUUCCUAAUGGUACAUUUAAUGCAACUUCAUUUGGUCCAUGUUGUCCUCAACCAACUGUAAAAAUAUAUAUAGACAGACAAGAUGAACAAUGUUUGUAUCUAAAUAUUUUUACUCCAAUCAAUGUAUCAAAUCAAUCAUUAUUACCAGUUCUUGUCUGGAUUCAUGGUGGUGCUCUCCAUACUGGUUGUUCAUCACAAGGUAUUCCAACUGUAUAUAAUGGAACAAAUAUUAUCGCUAAUUCUCUUCAACCGGCUAUUAUCGUAACAAUUAAUUAUCGACUAAAUGUUCUAGCUGAUUUUUAUUUACCAGCUUUAGUUGAAGAAAAUUCACCAGACUGGCCAACAGCUGGUAAUUAUUAUUAUCUAGAUAUGUUAUCAGCAUUACGCUGGGUAAAUAAAAAUAUUCGCGAUUAUGGUGGCAAUCCAAAAAAUGUUUUAUUAUUUGGAGAAAGUUCUGGAGCUAAUGCUGUUGUUGACAUUGGUGCAUUAAAAGGAUCAGCCAAUCUUUAUCAACAUAUUAUAUCGGAAUCAGGUGGAGCUGGUCAUUAUAUAUAUUAUUCAAAUAUAAGUGAUGCCCUCCAAUUAUCAAAUAAGAUUGUGCAAAAGAUGAAUUGUACACGUGAAAAUAAUGCACUAAUUCUUGCGUGUUUACGUAAUUCUUCAAUUGAAGAUUUGCAUGCGGCCUACGGUCUUCGUCUGGGAAAACCAAUUAUUGAUGGAUAUUUUUUCCCUUAUCAUCCUCUUUUAGCAAUAAAAAAUGGUUUGUACAAUCCAAACAUUACAAUGAUUGUAGGGAACAAUGAACAAGAACCUUUAACGUGUCUUGAAAAUCCAGAUAUGAAUUCAACUGGGGCCAUUUCAGUGCUAAGUCAAACAAUACCACCACAGUGGUUACCAUCGGCCGUCAAUAAUUAUCAGCUAAAUAGUUGUUCUUCGAAUAGAAAUGCUAGGAAUCGUUGCUGUGAUGUUGUUCGCUUAUUAAUAAUAGAUAAAUUUUUUGAUUGUAAUGUUCAACGAAUGUACAAUAAUUUAUACAUGAAAUAUCAACAAUCGCACAAGCUAUAUUGGUAUCAUCUAGAUUGUAAUCCUGGGAUAUGUCCUGAAAUAUCAGUAGAAGAAGGUGCUGGUCAAUGUGCUCAUGUAGAUGAAAUUCCAUUCGUUUUUGGAACUGUCAGUUCCUAUAAUUCAAUGAAUUCUCACAAUUGUACAUGGGAUAGUCAAACACGAAGUUUUUCAAAUCAGAUCAUUUCACAUUGGAUCAGUAUGGCUCGAAAUGGAGAACCGUUACAAUCAUGGCCACAGUAUUCUCCAACGGCAAAAAAAUAUUUUAAAAUUACACCCUAUCAUGACUUUUCACCUGAACCAUGGUAUCGAGACUGUGCUUUAUUUGAUCAACUUGAAGAUGAACAAAUACGUAUUAUGUUUCCCAUAACUAGUAGUGUACUAUGUCACAGUAUAAGCAAUUUUCUCAUAUUUUCAGUUACUCUAUUUUACAUGGAAAGGAUGAUCGUCAAUUAA